UGCACUGCCGCUGUUUACCGGGGCACAGGGAUAUUUUAAACCUGGGAGAGCUCACAUAUUUACCCCAGAGGGUUGAGCGACCUUGCCAUUUGGUAGAGAGGACGACGCCCGAGGAACACCCUGUUCUGUGGAGCUAGUAGCAGGCAGGCAUACAGAGAAGUCACACCGGGAGUAGCGCCGCUAGGAGAAGGAGUUGAUAGAGAAAGAGAACCUUCACCGAUCUCUAACUGUGUAGAGAAGAAUAUAAAGUAGAAGAAAGGAAGUGAAUGAAAAAGAAGAGAGGAGUAAAGAGGGAGGACUGAACGUGUAGAGGAGAAGCAGCCAGGCUGAGUUGACACGACCUCAGGGGAGGUGCUGCAGUAGCCAGCCAGGGCUGGUCCCAAGGCUGGCAGGGCUGGCCCCACUGCUCUCUCACCUCCACCUCUCCUGUACUAACGCCUUUUCUUUCUUUCCUUCAACUCCCCUGUUCAGACUGCAGUGCAGUGAUGAACUGGCAGGCAGAACCAGUCAGCUGCUGGGGUGCAUUUAGACAAGUCUUCUGGAACUUUUCCUUGUCCACCUCCUCAAAGUCGAGACGAGAAAGCUAGAGGAGCCCUCGUUUGAAAAGAGGAACACCCCCUCGUUCUCCUUCCCAAGCAUUCUAGAUUUUGUAUUAAUUUAUUCUUAUAAACCGGAACCAUGGCAUCAUUCGCAGCAUCUUUCUGCAAAGACCAGCUGCACUCACCCAAAAUGAGUCGCUGGCUGAAAUGCACAUCCGUGUACAUUAACACGGACUGGAACAAGUAUGACGACCGCUUGAUGAAGGCGGUGGAGAGGGGAGAGGUGGACAAGGUGGCGGCCGUACUCAGCAAGAAGGGCAUCAUCCCAUCCAAGCUAGAUGUGGAGGGCCGCUCGGCGUUCCAUUUGGCGGCUACUAGAGGACACCUGGACUGUCUCAAUCUCAUCCUGGGACACAACGUUGAUGUCACAGCCACCGACGCCACAGGUAAAAAUGCUCUCCACCUGGCCUCAAGAAACGGACAGUCUCUCUGUGUCCAAAAGCUCCUGCAGCACAACUGUCCUGUCGGCAAUGUGGACCUACAGGGGAGGACGGCUUUGCAUGACGCGGUCAUGGCUGGAUGCUCAUCCAGUGUGAAGCUUCUCUGUGACAGCGGGGUGUCUGUGAAUGCCAGUGAUUUUGAUGGACGGACUCCUCUGGUGCUGGCCACCCAGAUGUGUCAUCCACGGAUCUGCCAACUGCUGCUGGAACGUGGGGCGGACAUUGGUGUCCGCGACAAACAGAAUAAGACAGCUCUGAUACUGGGCUGUGAGUAUGCCUGCACGGAUGCCGUGGAAGUCCUGCUGAAGUGUGGAGCAGACGUGACAGCUGUGGACACCUUGGGUCAUGACGGUUACCACUACGCCCGCCUCAGCAAGAACCCGGAGCUGGUCAGACUGGUCAAGACAUACCUCGAUGGCGCCACCAAAGUUAAAGAGGCAGCCAAGAUGGAGCAGAAAAAGAGACAGCAGUCAGUGGAGAUAACUGCAGAGUCUGAAGCUAACAUGAAGGAUCUGAUUUGUCAAGAUUUGGAGAGGCAGAAUGAGAAUCAGCAGGAGACUUUGAGGAGAUUUCACCAGGAGCAGAGAGCCCUACUGGACAAGGUCAACAUCCUUCAGCAGCAGCUUACGCAGGAAAAGCUGACGGUGGAGGACAUUCAUAAGGAGAGGGAACAUCUGAAGCUAUUGCUGAGUGCCAAAGAGAGGGAGGAGGGUGCCCGAGGCAUGGAGACAGUCAAGGUCCAACUAAGAAGCACACUGGGAGACUACUCCGGCCAGUCAGUUAUCAAAGGAAAAGACAACAUCUUGGUAAAACAGUCGCACAGCUUGGAUUCAGCACAAAUACUCCAGCCUGCUGGCCCAUCACAUUCCCAAUCACGCCCUCUGGAACUGGGCCGGCCAUCUGUAGGCUGGGACCCGGCCCGCGAGGUUGACUCCUUCCAGGGCGAGCUUGAGGCGAUGAGGAAGCAGCAGCAGUCAUUGGAGAAUGAGACCGCCAGGCUGCAAGUUAUGUUGUCUCGCAAGAACCAGGAGUGCCAGGAGCUAGCCCAAAGCCGGGACACUGUCCAACGCCAGGCUGACAGACAAGUCCAGGACUUGGAAGAAGCAUUGGGUGAUGUCCAAAAGAGGAUGCUGGACUCAGAGUCAAAGGUCAAGCAACUGCAGGCGCAUGUAGUGGCAGUCAAGGAGCACCUGGGAGGCCAGGCAGCCGAGGAGCUUCGUGCCCAGCUCCAGGACGUCAAGGCAAAGUAUGAAGGUGCCUCGGCCGAGGUGGGCCGGGUCCGCAAUCACCUCAAGCAAAGCGAGAAAGCCUUGGAAGAGUACAAGAGCAGUGAGGGCCAGCUUGCUGCUGAGGCGGAGCGGUUGGGUCAGGAUCUAGGCGCCCUGCGUGAGGAGCGGGACGAGCUGGCCGAAGCACUGCUAGAAAUGGAGGCACACAUGAAGGAGGCACAGGGACGCAUGUUGGCUGCUGUGGUGCCGGCCGAGAAAUUCGACAACAUGAAGAACCUGCUCUCCAAUGCCGUGGAUGAAAAGGAGCGUCAGUUGGCAGAGCUCAGGGAGGACUAUGACCGCGUUCUGGAGGAGGUGGCUGAUCUCCACAGGGAAAUGGACAAACUGCAGUCUCCCCCUGACGGGAGGGGGACAGUUCCCACGCAGGAGCACGAGAGGGUGAGGGCAGGUCUGGAGGAACAGAAUGCCUCGUUGAAGAGGCGCCUGGCUGACGUGACCGCUAAGAGCCAAGCGUUGAUCUGUGAGGUGGAGGAGAGUGAGGAGGAAAGGGAGAUGCUCCGGGAGCAGCUGGAUGAGCUCAACAGCAGGCUGGAGGUUGACUUUGUUUCCGUCAAGGCCCAUGAGGAGGCCAAGAUGGCACUGUCACGGGCCAUGGAGGAACUGGAGGAUAAACUUGUGGAAGCCACGGAGAAGACGGGUAAUGCAGAAGCGCAGAUCCAAAGGCUUCAAACGGAAAGGGUAUCUCUGAACAAAAAUGUCACCAAUCUUCAGAGCGCUAAUGUUGCCUCACAUAAAAUCCAGGGAGAGCUGGAUGUCCUGACAUCUCGCAACGAUGAGUUGUUGAAGGAGCUGGAAGUUCUUCAAAAGAAGUGUGAAAACCAAGAGAGAGAGCUAGGCCAGGUUGUGGCUGAGAAUGUGAUUCUGAAACAGAACCUGGAAGGAGAAGAUGUAUGCAAAAAGGAGCAUAAGCAAAUAAAGUCAGAGCUGAACACUGGUUUGGAGAAGGCCAAGGCCGAAAUCUCUAAGUUAAAGAAGAAGGACAAAGAAAGUGAGGAAGAGUUGAGGAAUGUGAAAGAGGAUAGUGCCAAGUUGAAAGUAAAGCUGGAAGUAAUUCAAGUGGGGAUCGAAAAGGAAUAUAUUAGCCUUAAGGACCAUGAAACCAUGAAGUGGGAGUUGAGCAAUGCUAUUGUCAAAUUGGAGAACCAAGUCAAAACUGCAACAGCAAGGUAUGAGUCUGCUCAUGAAGAAACAAUCAAACUAAACCACGAAAUGGAAGCUCAGAAGAAAGAGCUGGACACCAUACAAGAAGCUAUCCAGUCAAAGUUCAUCCCACUGACAGUCGUAGAAGAAAAAGAAAACUCGUACAAUGCCAAAAUUAAGGACUUGACGACAAAGCUGUCUGAGAUGCAAGAGAAGUACAACUGUGAAAAGUCUGGGGCAGAGCGCAACAAACAGGAAAAAGACCAACUGAAGUUGGAAAUGGAGUCUGUUCAGGAUAGACUGAAAACUGGCUUCAUCCCUAGCGAAAAGCACAAGGAAGUAGAGGAAAAGUACAAUUGUAAAAUUGAAGAACUGACCCUGAAGCUGAUGGAUAUGGAGCAACAGUACAAAGAGGUGACUGUUCAAAGAGCUGAACUGGAAGAGCAGAAUGCCCUCUGCAAAAUGGAGAUCCAGAACCUCCAGCAGCGUAUAGAGUCUGAGUUAGCCAAGUUGGAAAGGUUUGAGACUGAACACCAGGUCUUGCGGGACACCAUCCAACAGGCCCAGGCCGAGUGCCAUAAAAGCAAGGAGGCGCAACACGAGGAGUCCCAGAGGGCCUGCGCCUUAGAGAAAGAGCUUCAGGCCCGCUCUGGAGACCACGCCCUCCUCCUCCAGCAACACGCCCAGGCCCUAGCAGGCCUAGAAGCUGAGGUGGUGAAGUAUCGCCAGGCCCUCCAGGAGGAAGAGGAGAGUAGUGCUCAGAGGACAGAAGAUGUGUCGGCCCUGCAGUCGGAGCUCCUCCGAGCUAACCAGGCUCUGGAAGAGCUGAGAGGAAAGGAAUACCAAGUGAGCCAACUGAGAGCUGAAAAGCAGCGGCUGGAGGAGGAGUUGGCUGAGAUGGGCAACAAGCUAUCGGGGCUGGCAAACCAGUGCACUGAGUUUCAGUGCCAGGUGGGCCAAGCCCAGGAGGGUGAGGGCAGGGCCAGGAUGGAGACAGAGGCCCUACAGGAGAAAAGUCAGGCCAUUGAGAAGGAAAUCAAGGAGUUGAAGGAGAGAUACAACGGGUCACUCGGCACCAUCGAGGACCUGCAGACGAGGAUAAGGACUUCAGCUGAGCAGACGGAGAUCAAAGACAUGAAGAUCACAGAGCUGCUGACAGACAUUGAACGAUUGAAGCAAGCCCUAAAUGGUCUGUCCCAGCUAGCUUAUGCUGGAAAUGCACCCAACAAGAGACAGACACAGCUCAUUGACACACUCCAAGCCCAGAUCAAGACCCUGCAGCAGCAGCUGGCUGAUGCUGAGAGGCAGCACAGAGAUGUAGUUUCAAUUUAUCGAACUCAUCUUCUCAGUGCAGCACAGGGACACAUGGAUGAAGAUGUCCAAGCUGCCUUACUGCAAAUCAUCAGAAUGAGACAAGAGUUUGUGUGCUAACUAUCACCAAAAUGAUCAUUUCUACAACCCUAACCUCCCUACCUCCCACCACCUCUUCCUGCUGUCAAAAAUAACAACAUUUUACCAAUUGACUCAAAUCCACCAAUCACCUUGGUAACAGAGUUCCCUGGCUGCACCACUCUGGGCACGUGCGUGUGUGUCAGAUUCAUAUUUUAAUCUGCAGUAACGUCCUCCCUACAUUGAUAUUCACAUAUCAAUAGGACUGAGACCAAACAUUGUGGAUGUACAGAUGAUAAAAUAGACUGAUAAUGUAAACAUAAGUUGAAUCUAGCACCAUUGAAGGAUAAAUACAGUCUGCACAAAACGCUACAGAUGUCAAAUAACUGUAGACUAAAGAUAAUUCUUUUUCUAUGCUAGCUUAGCUAUCUACCUUCAGAAUGAUAUAUAAUACUGUCAUGGCGUGCACAUAAUUGCAGGAUUAUAAACUAUGUGGGCCUUUCAGGCACAGCAUUUUUUUGAGGAAAUGAUUGCAAUGCACCACUGUACUGCAUUUAGUUGACACAAUGUGAAAGGGUUUUACCUAGUUUUGUCAUAUUUGGGUCGCUAUAGAUUAGGCACUCAUGAAAAGCUUGCAAAGUGGACAACUUAUAUGAGCUAAGACUACUGUUCCCAUUUCCCACCUUUCUGUAAAGCUUUUCCGGUCACACCAAAGCAUAAGGUUACUUGGGAGCAGGGCUCCUCAGUUUGGGUUCUUUGGCACACAAUACAUACUCUCACGCCAGGCUUGUGGCUGGGUGUUCUGACUGAAAGACCUGUGUGUAGAACAAGGAUUCAAAUCCUUAACAUGAAACAUAUGAGUAUGGUAGACAUGAGGAUUGAUAAGGGGGAUGAUGUUGAAUUUGAGUCAUGGUGUGUGCUUAACUAGCAAUGCUGGUCCAUUUCCAGAAACAACCCGUAUAAUCUUCCCUCAGAUAAAGAUCACAACAGUGGUAAGCAUAACAGUGACAGGCCCCUUAUGCCCUAUAUAAUAUGGGCUGAAGGGAUUUAUAACAUCAAAACUAUGCCUAUUCAGUUUCUUUGAAAAAUAUGUAGAAAACUAAAGGCUAGUUUUGGAAAGGGCCCAUGUAUUUGGGGGUAAUAUCGAAGUCAAAUUGCUGUGUUUUACAGUUUGAAGUGGAGCGUAAUGUUGCUGGACUAAGAGUGUCCUCUAGUGGCAAGACUUGGCAGGCCAAGUUUAAUAUGUUUUGAUGGAUAACUAGCUUAAGGGUAUGCAACUGUGGAUCUUGCAGGGAGCCCAAAUGCCAAAAUUGGAUUUCACUCUUCCCAAUGACAUUUAUUAUUUAGGGUUCCAAUGUAUUAUGUGCUCCAGUCAGUGUCACUGGUUGUUCCAGAGGACAUACCACCUGGAAGCUGGUUGUGUAAAAGAAAGAAAGAUUUGCAUAGAAAUGCAAUAGAAUUCAGAUGGUGUGAGUGUGAGUCUGAUAUGUUUGGCUAAUAGAAACAUGUUGAUAGCAGUUUCGCAUCCCCCCCAGAAGCAAAAGGAUAGGAAGAAAAAAGGACGGAUAUCUGAGGACCGCAGAUGUGUUCCCCUGAACUAGCUCUUUUUGACUUGUUGUGGUUCGUUGUGAUUUUGUAGCGAUUUUGUGCAAGUUGAGCAAGUCUCUUUACACUGAUAUAUUUUUUCAUGGCUUUGUACUUCUUUGAUUACUAAAACACGUGGUAAGGAUAAUGAUGAUAUUCAGCAGGUCUGGAGUAGAACGGCACAACAUAUACUUGUUCAGGGUAACAUUUCAGAUGCCAUUAUGUGACAGAGAUAAUCUCCCUAAUUUAUCUAGAACUUUUUAGGCUUAACUCUUUGAAACAAUUUGAAAGACUUGAAUAAUGCUUCUUUAAUUUAGCUAAUGUAUAAAUCAUUUUGAUACUAUGACUAAAAACUCUAUAGAAUUCCACAAUUAUCAUGAUAAAAAUGACUUCUAAAAUGGGUCUUUUUGAAGUGGAUUUAACCGCCUUAUUGGAAUGCUAUCCUUCAUUAAUUAAAUGUGUUUUUCUCCAUUAACAGAGUUUACCAAUUGAAAUCCAGAAACUAGUGUCUACUGUACACCAUCUGUUCAACAGUUUUUGUUUGUUUUUUUUCUUUUUGCAAGGGAUUUCUUUUGUUUGUCAGUUAGUGAUGCAAACUUCAUUAAAAGUGCCUAACCUAGAAAA